AUGAGGUCUCAAGAGAAAAUCAGGUUCGGGAAUAGGUUCGACAAACACUUGCUGGAACCAUUGGGACCAAAAAGUCCAUCAACACCUGGAGUUGUAAAUCUUUCUGGAGCUGAACCUAUGGGAUUAUUUGAAACAGCAUGGGAAGAAAGAUUUCCACUUGAAACUUGGAAUAAACUUCAAAAACGCAAACUUAAACUUGCAGUGAUCCAUCCUGUAAGAAAUUAG